ACUAUUGAUGCGCUCGGUUACAAUAUGGUCACUGAAAAGCCCCCGGUACGCUUACGUCCAGUUCGAUUGCCACAAAACUAUCAGCAAUUCAACGGCUACAAACCUCAACCGCUGGAUGCACGUGAAAUCGUGCUUGGUGACGAUAUGAAGCCUCUAGUGGACGCAUUGGCCAAGAAUACGCACAAUGUGUGGGCGAGAGAGAAGAUUAAACGUGGCUGGACAUUUGGUUUGAAUGAAUAUGUGGACUCGAAUCAGAAACGUAGUCCGCAUCUGCUGCCCUAUGAAAUGGUCGAUCAACGUAUCAAAGACGCGAAUCGUGAAUCUGCGAUUGAAUUCAUUAAAGCUUUGCAACUUUUCGGAAUUUUCUUGGAACCUCCUGUUCACGAGCAUGAUGAAGGUGCCGAAAAAGAAGUUCAAGCAAUGCAACAGUUCGCACGCACUUAUCGGGCCGAAGCAACCUACGCGGUCACCAGCGGCAAAUGGUACUUUGAAUUCGAGGUUUUGACGCCUGGAUUUAUGAAAGUCGGCUGGAUGGAUAUUGCAUCAUCACCGGAAGCUGGAAUUGGCAUGGAUGAUCGUUCAUAUGGUUUUGAUGGGUAUUUGGUGCGGAAAUGGCACCAAGGCGCCGAAACUUAUGGUCGCGAAUGGAAAGUGGGCGAUAUCGUUGGGAGCUUUUUGGAUUUGAACGAUCGCACGAUUGCAUUCUCGUUGAAUGGCGAAUUACUUCUGGUUUGUAAACUGUUUAAUAUUCAGGAUUGA